AUGAACGAGAAAGAGAAAGAGAGAGAGGAAAUUGAAAAGUGGAUCGAGGGAGACGAGAGUGCGGCGGAGAUGCUCAGCAGAGUCAGCAGCGUGCGGCCGUUCGUGUUUCCUCCGCCGCUGCACAGGGUUCCUCUCCGCGUCGGCAACGUUCUGGAGCUCGUGGGCCCCUCUCCUUCCGCCAAAACCCACAUUCUCAUUCACGCCGCCAUCACUUCCGUUCUCCCCAAACCCUACGGCGGUCUCGACCACUUGGUCCUCUUUCUCGACCUUGAUUGCCGCUUCGACAUCACGCGCUUCUCCCGAUCGCUCAUUCAUCGCAUCACGCGACACGGAACGGAUUCUUAUGAUCGAACCUUGUACGAUCUCUGCAUGGCCCGUUUUCUGUAUGUCCGUUGUUACGAUAGCUUUGAGUUUCUUCACACUCUCAGGACAUUGCAUUGUCGCUUAGAGAAGGAGAAAGAAGUUCACGGAGUUGGUGUUCACCUGCUCAUGAUUGACAGCAUUGGAGCUUUUCAUUGGAUGGAUCGUGCAUCAAUGUUCUUAUCUCAAAGAGAAAACAACAAAAAAAAACUUUUCCUUCAGACUGUAUCAGAAGCUGUAGUACAGAAUAUUAGAAAACUUCUUCAGGUGCACCCUAUGCUUAUUAUGGCUACAAAGUCAGUGAUUUUUGGGAAUAUAUAUUCUAAAGCUUCAAAUGAUGUCAAAGGGAACAUGGAAGAAAGAUGUUCAAAAAACGUGACAAGAAACCAUCAAAAUUUUCAGUAUCGUGAAUACAUGCCUUCCGUCUGGCAGGUAGAAGUUUUUUACGAGUAA